GAAGCAAGCAACUGUUAUUGGGGCUGGAAUUUCGGGACUAACGACCGCUGUCUUGCUGCAAGAGGAAUGUGAUGUUGAAAUCGUAUCAAAAAAUUUUCCAGGAGAAUUAAGAGGCGAAUAUGCUAGUCCAUGGGCUGGUGCACAUUGGAGGAGCGAUGCGAAGUCUGGAGACAUUCGGCAACAAGAUUUUGAUAGAAAAACCUUUAUCCACUUUUGGGAUCUGGCCUAUACCAAAUCACAUGAAACUGGAAUAAUGAUUGUAGACGGUUUUGACUAUUGGGAUGAACAUCCUCCAUUAGGAUGGGAAGAACCAUGGUUCAAAGAUUUAUGUCCAGAAUACCGGCAUUUAACAAAGGAAGAAUUACCAACUGGCGUUGAAUUUGGAACUACAUAUAAGACGGGUGACACAUAUUCAGUCAUAAAAGAAUUGGCGAUUUUUGAUCAUACUGAUAUUGUGGUAAAUUGUUCGGGACUUGGUUCGAGAACUUUAAGAGGUGUCCAAGAUCAUGAUGUCUAUCCGGCAAGCGGGCAAACAGUAUUGGUGCAAUUACCCAUUGGGCAUGUAAAUUGGACAUUUGGACGAUAUGCGGCCGGAAGGUCAGAUGGUGACACUCACAGAAAAAAUGAAAUAUUAACUUGUGUAAUACCGCGGGAUAAUGGGGAGGUGAUACUUGGCGGAACAUAUCAUCAACAUAACUAUUCGACUACACCUGAUGCAAAAAUCGCAGAUGCAAUCAUCGCACGAUGUCUUUCUACACGUCCAGACCUAUUACCCAAAGGUGAAACUAAGCUUAAGGUCAAAAGGUAUGGUGUUGGAUUACGGCCUGUUCGAAAAAAUGGGAUAAGAAUCGAAGCUGAAUGGACACUAUCUAAAAAAACGGGAAAAAAAAUUUUAAUCUGUCACAAUUAUGGCCAUGGAGGAUAUGGAUGGCAAUCAAGUUAUGGUGCAUCAAUGUAUGCAAUUCAAACUUUGAAACAAGCUCAUAAAGAAGCCAAUCAAACCCCU